AUGUGCGGUCUUACGCUAAGUAUUCGACCGGUCUCUCCUGUCAAUCCCGCAUCUUAUGCUUCGGCAGCCCUCCUGGAUUCUUUCAGGAAGACAAAUAUUCAGCGGGGUCCAGAUUUCCAACAGACGUCCACUCACAUAGUAAAUCUCAAAGAUGAUAAGAAGGUAGAAGUGACUUUGACCGCUACUGUAUUGGGUCUAAGAGGUCAACUUACGGCUCAACCCUUAAUUGGCACCAGAGGUGUCUUAGGUUGGAAUGGUCAAGUUUUCGAAGGUGUUGAUGUAGGAAAAGAGGAGAACGAUACUAGGAAGAUCUUUGACCGACUUGAAAGCGGGGAAGAUGUCAUAGAGGUUCUAAAGGGUGUAGAAGGACCCUAUGCAUUCAUAUAUAUAGAUCUUCAAACAGAAACAGUACAUUACCAGCUCGACCCUCUUUCUAGACGAUCACUUCUCAUCUACCCAUCUGAUCCUGAUACAUCAAACAUCAAACUAUUCAUGCUGAGUUCUUCUAGAUCACCACUUGCUAGAGAAGAGAGAGUGGAAAUGAGGGCUUUAUUGGGAGGAGAAGGGGGCACUAUCUGUCUCAACGAUAUUUUUUUGGUGGACGAUGAAGGUGAUUCAAAAAUGGACUUGUCUUCCGCUCUGAGGCUUAGAAGCAAUCUAGAGAUAGCGGAGUCGUCUUCUUCACCAUGGACAAGAGUGACCCCUAUCAACCCAACCCUACCUAUUCCCAACGUGGCAGUCGAACAUCCCGAUGUUCAAGCAGAGGUGCCCUGUUUCAUCCGUCAUCUCAAAGAGAGCGUAAGGAGAAGAGUGGAGAAUAUACCGGAGCCUGAGGCAAGACAAGCUCGAGUAGCGGUGUUAUUUUCUGGUGGUAUAGAUUGUACUUUUCUAGCGUACCUUCUCCAUCUGUGCCUACCAAUCGAAGAUCCCAUUGACUUGAUCAACGUAGCAUUUUCCCCUGCUCCUAAACUCUCUAAUCCUAACGACAAAGGUAAAGGUAAAUCACCGAAACCCCCGAGCUACGACGUUCCAGAUCGAUUAUCAGGUAGAGAUGCAGUAGCGGAACUGAGAGAUGUAUGUAAAGAUAGACAAUGGAGGUUUGUCGAGAUCAAUAUCCCUUAUGAGGAAGCCAGGAAUCAUAGGCAGAAUAUCAUAGAUCUGAUGUAUCCUUCUUCAACUGAAAUGGACCAUUCAUUGGCUUUACCACUGUAUUUUGCUUCUCGAGGCAUUGGAGUUUUGGAAGGCAGCGAUGAACCAUAUCAUGUCAAAGCGAAAGUGUAUAUAUCAGGAUUAGGAGCUGACGAACAAUUAGGUGGAUAUGCAAGACACAGACAUGCUUUCCAGCGAGAAGGGUGGGAGGGUUUGAUCAGUGAAACUCAAAUGGAUAUAGCAAGAUUACCUACUCGUAAUUUAUCAAGAGAUGACCGAAUACUAUCUUCUCAUGCAAGAGACGCUCGAUAUCCCUAUUUAUCAUUAUCUUUCAUAUCGUAUCUGUCAUCUUUACCUAUUCAUGUCAAGUGUGAUCCACGUUUGAAAGAAGGUCAAGGAGAUAAGCAGUUAUUGAGAUUAGCGGUGAAGAGUGUAGGAUUGGAAAGAGCUUCAGCAAGAGUUAAGAGAGCAAUGCAGUUUGGGACGCGAAGUAGUAAACUUGGUGGAAGUGGAACAGGUGUCAAAGGUCCCAAGGCCGGUGAAAGACAAGUGGAAUGA